AUGGCACGCCUUACCGAGAUCGAGGACGGAUCGGACAGCGAAGAUGUACGCGCUCCUGCCGCCACAUCUUCCUCUUCGUCCAAAACAGCAGGACUGACGCAGGCACAGCAGGAAGAGAUUCUAUUCAAGUCCGGCAUCAUCGAGAAGCUGGGCCUGCCCAAGGACUUUGUCAGCAUGGACGAAGCUCAAGCCCAGCUCGACACGCUCAAGCAUGGAGAAGCCGGCGCUGGAGUCGGACGAGCUCGUAACGGAUCGGAGCAGGAUGAACCAGACGAUUCCGAGGACGACUACGGCGUGGCUUCGGACCAUGAGCUGGACGGAGACGACAACGCGGAUCGAUUGAUGCAGGAGCAAGAAGCGACAGAGAUGAGCCCGCAGGUCGAGAGCAUCCUGGAUCUGAUCAUCUGGACCAUGCCCUUCGGCUUCAUGUAUACGCUGCUCGACGUGCUGGUGCGCCAGCAGUACGGAGAUACCGUUGGGCUCGCAGACGAGGCAGUGCGCUUGAUCCGAGCGCUUCCAGUCCUCGGCUUCUUCAUCCACUUCAACCUCACGUCGCAGCGACAGGCGUUGAUACAGGUGCUGCUGUUUGGCAUCUGCUCGGCGUGCGGCUGCUCUCUGAUCUACAUUGUCAACAAGUCGUCGUACGAUGUGGUGAUUCAGCGAGUGGCACCGCUGGGCACACUCUGGAUCUUUUCGGUGGUGCGACUGGACCUUCUGCCGGCAUGCAUCAGCCUCGGCAUCGUUGCGAUGUUUGUGCAGCAGAUGGGGCUGCGUAUCAUGUUCGACUAA